AUGUCGAAGCGAGGACGCGGAGGAUCGGCAGGUAACAAGUUCAGGAUGUCUCUGGGUCUUCCAGUGGCUGCGACGGUGAAUUGCACUGACAACACCGGGGGUAGGCUCAACCGUCUCCCUUCUGAUUGCGUCGGUGACAUGGUUAUGGCCACCGUCAAGAAGGGGAUCUCAAUCAGAAAGAAGGUCAUGCCCGCAGUCAUUGUCCGCCAGCGCAAGCCAUGGGGCCGAAAGGACGGUGUCUACAUGUACUUUGAAGAUAAUGCUGGAGUGAUUGUUAAUCCCAAGGGAAAAAUGAAAGGUUCUGCAAUCAUUGGUCCCAUUGGAAAGGAUUGUGAUGAUCUUUGGCCUAGGAUUGCAAGUGCUGUCAAUGCGAUUGUUUAA